UUUUUUUUUUUUCUUUUUUGUGGGUACCGGGAUGUUCUUGUUUCUUAAAUCCUCUUUAGCUCCUUCUUGCUUGAGGGGCUUUGCACUCGUCCUGCUGACAAAUACUCCCCCCAGCUCUACAUACUCCUCACUCGUUCACGUUGGGCAUUUAGCUGAAAUGCCCCCUCCGAGAGGACUUCCGGGUGUGUCCUGUGUAAGUGGCCUCUCUUCACGGGGCUUUAUUUUCUUCACAGUUUACCUUGUGUAAAAUCACUAGAAUGUGAGUGCCCGAGGGCAGUCCUGCCCCUCCUGUCCACUGCUAACCCCCGCCUUUCAUACGGUACAUGUGCAACUUCCUUGUUGCAGCAGUGACCACAGAGAUGGGAAGCUCUCUGGACAGAGUGCACAGUGAGGGGCUGUCAUCCUCCCUAAGGGGAGCCAGUUAGGCCGGCCCUUUCAUCCUCUGUCGGUUAAGCCCCACCAGAAGCCCCUUGAGGUAGGCACUCACUUUGUGAAAUGACCAAGCCAUGACAGAGAAGUGAAGUGAGUCACCCAGGAAAUGGCCAGGCUGGGAUUCUAGUGCAGGCCUCUCUUCCGAGACAGGUGCCCACCCCACUUCCUCUCCACCUCUUCUGCUAGAGCUGGGCCUUCAGAAACAGGGAUUCAGCAGGUGAAGGAGGCGAGAAGAGAGGAAUUCUGAGCUGAGGGCAGCUGGAGCCUCAACCCGGGACCACAGCUCAGCGGCUGCCGAAGAACAGUUGCACAACCUGGGUGCUCUCUCUUGGGGGCAGUGGGGAGCAGCAGAAGCUUUGAAGCAGUGCGAGUGGAGUGAUCAGCGAUGCAGGUUUUGAGGCUUUAAAAAACAGAGAAGCUGCUGUUUUCUCCUUUCUUUCUCCCGCCCCUUAGGGAGCUCACAGGAGCCCCAGCCCUCACCUGUCACCCCUCUCUCCUGUCUUUAGGUUCAUCCAGUGAGGACUGGCACUUUCGGGCUCUACACUAGGCACUGGAGUGAACCAUGGCACCCCACCCGUGGGGCCAUCUCCUGCUGCUGUUGCUGCUGCCGGCCCUGGGGGCCAGCUCCACCCUGGGCAGGGGUCUUUCCAGGCCCCUCAAAGACAUUCCAGUAGCCCACACCAAGGACUCCGAGCCCCAAGCCUCUGACUUCCUGUGGCGGAACCCUAGGCACUCCGAAAUCCCCCAGGUCCAUGCCGCAGGUCCCCAGUGGCCUGCAGACUCUCCCCUAGGCCCAGCCCUGCCUGGGCCCCACGCAUCCCCUGGGGCUCAGGGAGUGCAGCUCCCCAUGACUGAUGACCUCCAGCUGGCUCAAGGGCCCAGUUCCUGGGGCUGGAUGGGACUCCCAGACACUCAGGAGCCUCAGGAGCAAGAUGCACCUGCCCCCCUCCCAGCAGACACCCCCCACCUCAUGGUCACCCCCACACCUCCCAGUCUUCAAGUUAGGCCAGCCACAGUCCCUCCUGUCCCCCAGGAGCUCCAAGGCCCAGUAGGGCAGCACCCACCUAGAGAUGGGGAUCCCAAGGCCACACCCAAGACCAGAGCCCCCCAGGCUUCUCCCUUGGCCCCCCAGGACUUUUACCAUACUCUCCUGCCCCACGCAAGCACAGUCAUGGAGCCAGUGAUGGGAGGAAAGGACAGGCAUAAGGGUGACUUCCAGGAGGCAGCUGAAGGCCCCCACUCUACCCUGGAGGCCCCAGUGGCCCCUGAUGGCAGCGUAGUCUCCCCCACUGACCCCAGGGCCCAGCCAGACCUGGCAUUGGCCAGAAGCCUACCUCCUACAGUGGAGCUGCCACCUGAGCCCCCUAAGGUUGGUGCUGGGGACACCUGGGACAUCAGGUCCCCAGGCCCUCGGCCCAAGCAGGUGGACCUUCCUGAAGUCAAGGGUUCCCAAGGACCCCAGCCCACAAGUGCUGCAGCCUCAGAGGCUCUGGAUGGGCAGCUGAAGCCAGAGACAGCAGUGAUGAAUGGAGCAGACCCCAUCUUCCCACAGCGGGUGAGAGGAGCAGUGGGGGCCCCAGAAACCCCCAAGUCCCUCAACCCUGGCCUCUCAGACCCUGGCCCAGCCACAAAUGGAACAGAGAGCCCUGUGAGGGUCCUGCAGCCAGAUGGAGCUGAGGAGUGGCCAGGGCGGCCCCAGAGCCAUCCCCCAGCACCCCCAGUCCAGGCCCCCUCAACAUCUCGCCGAGGCCUCAUUCGAGUCACCACACAGAGAGCCCUGGGACAGCCACUGGCACCGGAGCCCUCGGCCAGCUCCACCGCCUCCGACCCGGCUCAGGAAUUUUGCUCAGAGGCUGGGUCUUACACGGAACACAGGGUGGAGGGCAUGGAUUUGGGCACGGGGAACAGGGACCACAAGACUUCCCGGUAUGGAGAGGAGCCUGCUCCUCCGGACUGUCCUCUUUGUGCCAAAGAAAUAAACCCAUAA